AUAACUGUAACAAACUAACUAUUCUUCGUUUUCAAUUUCCAGAUACAUCAGAUCUCUUCUUCAUCUUCUUCCUCUUGGGAGACUUGAUUUAUUUUGUGAUCAGUCUCGGAUUGUAACAUACUGCGAUCUUUUUUCAGCUUCUCUAAUGGCGGAUACUGUUGAAGAGCCUCAAUUACAAAAUGGAGCGGCACCAGCUGAGUCCGAAACCGAGCAAAAUCCGAUUCCGGAACCACAACUCCAAACUGAGCCCAAACUAACCGGAGAAAUUCCGGAAAUAGAAGCGGAUUUAACGCCGGAGGAAGUACAAUCGGAGGUAACGGAUGCAAAGCCAGAGGAAGUACAAUCUGAGGUAAAGCCGGAGGAAGUAAAAACUGUGGUAACCGAUGCGAAACCGGAGGAAGCACAAUCUGAGGUGAAGCCGGAGGAGGUACAAUCUGUGGUAACCGAUACGAAACCGGAUUUAACCGAUGUGGAUCUGUCUCCGGGAGGAUCUGAGGAGAUCCCGAUCCGGUCGACGGAGGUUGAACAGGAAUCUACUACUUCUGUUCUGAAGAAAGAUGAUGAUGGGAACAAGACAUUUACCAUGAGAGAGCUUCUUAGUGAAUUAAAAAGCGAGGAAGGAGAUGGCACUCCUCACAGUUCUGCUUCUCCAUUUAGUCGAGAAAGUGCUUCUCAACCAGCGGAGAACAAUCCUGCAAUGGAUCUGAUUAACAGGAUCCAAGUUAACGACGAAGAGGGUCGAUCUCGCCAACGUGUUCUUGCAUUUGCUGCCCGCAAGUAUGCAAGUGCGAUAGAGAGAAAUCCAGAUGAUCAUGAUGCAUUAUACAACUGGGCACUUAUUCUCCAGGAAAGUGCUGAUAAUGUCAGCCCGGAUUCUGUUUCACCUUCUAAAGAUGAUUUGCUGGAGGAAGCUUGUAAGAAGUACGAUGAGGCAACCCGUCUCUGCCCGACGCUGUAUGAUGCUUACUACAACUGGGCUAUUGCAAUCUCUGAUAGAGCAAAGAUACGUGGUCGCACAAAGGAAGCUGAAGAACUAUGGGAACAAGCGGCUGAUAACUAUGAAAAAGCUGUCCAGCUCAAUUGGAACAGUUCCCAGGCGUUAAACAACUGGGGACUGGUCCUACAGGAACUCAGUCAAAUCGUUCCUGCUAGGGAGAAGGAAAAAGUUGUCAGAACUGCCAUUAGUAAGUUUCGGGCGGCAAUCAGGUUGCAAUUUGAUUUCCAUCGAGCCAUAUACAACCUUGGAACCGUUCUGUAUGGAUUAGCAGAAGACACACUUAGAACUGGGGGUUCAGGCAACGGCAAAGACAUGCCCCCUGGUGAGUUAUACAGCCAGUCUGCCAUCUACAUUGCUGCAGCGCAUUCAUUGAAGCCAAGUUACUCAGUUUACAGCAGCGCUUUGAGGCUUGUUCGUUCCAUGCUACCUCUCCCGCAUCUUAAAGUUGGAUAUCUAACUGCACCACCUGUGGGCAACUCACUUGCUCCUCACAGUGAUUGGAAACGCACAGAGUUUGAACUCAAUCACGAGAGGCUUCUACAGGUACUGAAACCUGAACCAAGAGAAAUGGGACGAAACCUGUCAGGAAAAGCAGAGACAAUGAGCACAAACGUGGAGAGGAAGACGGUAAAAGUGAACAUUACAGAGAUUGUAUCAGUAACACCUUGUGCUGAUCUCACUCUACCUCCUGGUGCUGGUCUCUGCAUUGAUACCAUUCAUGGCCCAGUUUUCUUGGUUGCAGAUUCAUGGGAGUCUUUAGAUGGAUGGCUUGACGCAAUUCGUUUGGUUUACACAAUUUAUGCGAGAGGGAAGAGUGAUGUUUUAGCCGGUAUUAUCACCGGUUAAUAAAUACUUCAUUUAAUAUGACUAUUUUGCUUUUUUAUCUGUAGUUUUGUGAUGUAUUAUGAUCUUAGCGAAAUUUUUUUGUCAUUUUCAAACGCUUUUUGGGACCCUUUUUCUUAUUUUCAUCGAAUACAUUUAUAAAAUUACAUGUUUACCAAUUGUCGUCUGAAUUAUCCUUGAGUGUGAACUACUGUGUAUGUUCUUGUUGUAAAAGAAAACUCCAAACAUAUACUACUACGGACUUGGGAAACUUUUUAGUACAGCCGUAUUAGAUGUUGGGCUAAUGGGCUUAUAAGUGUCUAGGCUUUAACGGCCCAUU